GGGAACUUAUUCAUCUUUACAGUUUGUAGGCACUGAAAGGAAUCGCUUUUCUUAUUAGCUAAAUCUUUUGCCCUUCAGUUCUAGAAGGAAUAUGACAGGAAUUAUGUCUUAACAAACAGGAUCUUUCAUUUAAGAGAAAACUUGAUAUAUUCUUAAGGACUAAGGUUAGUAUCCUACAAUGAUCCACCAAUUUAUUUUUCCUCGUUUAUCGUUAAUAUUCCUAGGUUCCUGCCUGAAGGUAUUGGUGAUCCACUGCUACUAGAAACGGAAGCCUGUUAAGCGAGAGCUUCUAUUCAGUCCAACCAUUUGAACCAUUUGAACUCUAAUAACUGAGUAUUUGAUACUUCAUCAACUAAAUGAGGGCAUAAAACGACUAAAACGACAAGCGGUUCAAACUGUUAAUAUUACUUCCUAAGGUUUAUAAUCAUAUUUUAAUUCAUUUUGAAUGUUGUAAUAUUGGACCUAUCAAAACAUAUCCUGUUCUUUUCGAAAUUAAACGUUGCAAUUACAGGCUUCCCGCCAGUUCCGUUAAAUUUCUUUCGUUUCAUUAAUACGUUUUCUACUGAUGUCUGUACAGUCUGGCAAGUCAGCAUCUGUAGACUUCUGGUGUUGGGAUGAAGUAGUUCGCAAGACUAAAUCUACAGUUCUUGUUCUUGAGUCUCUGAGAUCAGAACAACAGCAGAUAUCUGCUGAUUUAGAUUUAAUAGCAAAUUCGAAAGACGCCGAUCAGCACGAUAUUUUAUAUGCCAAGGAAAAAGCAUCUUCUUUGGAUUCAAUCAUUCAGAAAAUUUGUAAAGGUUUGGAUGAUGCCAACGUUGUAAUAUUAUUUUGUGACUACCUUCAAAAAGUAGAAGCAGAAAAACAAAAGUUACGGUAUCAGAGUCGUCGGCUUUUUCAGGAGAACUCUUGGUUGAGAGAUGAACUUGCGGUUGCCCAAGAAGCACAUAGGAAAAGUGAACUAAAGAUAGUUCAACUUGAAGAAGAAGUAAAGCAUCUUCAAUUUAGCAGUGAAUUGCGAAAAUAUGACUCUUCUGAACCUGUGGAAUCCUCGGGACUAACCGAUGCUGAGAAAAACAAUGAUAAAACUGCCCUUGAUCUUGGGUUUCCUCCUGAUGAUAAAGAAGAAGGAGAUCAAUAUGGAAUGACACAGAGUCAAACUGUCUCCAUGUCACAGGGUGUUCAUAAUUACGAAAUACCAACGCGUUUGCGAACACUUCAUAAUUUGGUAAUACAGUAUGCUAGUGAAGGUCGUUAUGAAGUAGCGGUCCCACUGUGCAAACAAGCUUUAGAGGAUCUCGAAAGAAACAGUGGACGCAAUCACCCUGAUGUUGCGACAAUGCUGAAUAUUUUAGCUCUUGUAUAUCGUGAUCAAGGAAAAUACAGAGAAGCUGCAACAUUAUUGAAUGAUGCCCUAACGAUUCGAGAAAAGACGUUGGGACCUGAACAUCCUGCUGUGGCUGCGACUUUAAACAACUUGGCUGUGCUUUAUGGUAAACGUGGAAAAUAUAAAGAGGCGGAACCAUUGUGUAAAAGGGCUUUGCUAAUUAGGGAGAAUGUUUUGGGGCAGGAUCAUCCGGAUGUUGCUAAACAGUUAAAUAAUUUGGCUUUAUUGUGUCAAAACCAAGGGAAGUAUGAAGAGGUGGAGUUGUACUAUCAACGAGCCUUGGAAAUUUAUAUACACGAUCUCGGACCAGACGAUCCAAAUGUAGCUAAAACUAAAAAUAAUUUAGCUUCAGCCUAUCUUAAACAAGGCAAAUAUGCUGAAGCUGAAAAAUUAUAUAAAGAGGUACUUACACGAGCUCAUGAAAAAGAAUUCGGAAAAAUUUCUGAUACAAACAAACCUAUUUGGAUGCUUGCAGAAGAACGUCAGUCCGGUCAGUUAACCAAUGCAAAUAAAGAUAUUAGUGAAAUUGUUCAAUCAAUGUGGUCACGUAUUUCUCGUUCAGAAAAUCCAACUGUCGGUACAACUCUUCGAAAUUUGGUUGCCCUUUAUCGUAGACAAGGUAAAUUCGAUGCGGCUGAUAUAAUUGAUGAGUGUGCUUCAUACUCUAAGACGUCAUCAUCUGUUUCUGAACCUCAUCAAAAAGGCCCAAUCAAUGUCAACCCUACCAGGAAGCUCUAAUAAUAAGAUGUUUUAUAUGCAGCAGGAAAGGCUUAGACAACUGCGUAGUGGUUCAACUAAUCCAAAAGAAAUUUAUUCCCAAGAUGGUCAUACUAAUAACAGUAAUAAUUAUUUUCCCCUUGAUGGCUAUGGUACACGAUCCCAAUAUAUGUUUGACUUCAAUCCAUCUUUAAACAACAGUUUGAAUCAUUAAUUCCUUCUUCUUUUGCGUUUAUGGUCUAUUUAAAAUUAUGAAAUUAGCAAUUACACUUGUGUUUUAAAAUAUCCUCUUUCGUUAUUUUUUACUUGUUUGUUUAUUCUCACCUCUGAUCCAUAGUAAAGGUUAUUACUUUCUCUCUAUGUUUACCUACUUAUGUGUGUAAAGUGUGAUUAGGUGAGUAAUUGUGUUAGUAGGAUUGAAAUAUCAUUUCUUUGUUUUUAUUUAUAUGAAAAUUUAUUUGUCUUUUCCAUCCUGUUGCCGUUGUUUGCUGUCAUCAUCAAUAGGAUAACCGGUCGCGAUUAUUAUACUGUGAGCUCUGAACAUUAACUUAUAUCAUUACUUAAUUUUUGGCUGUGAUGAAUCAAUUGUGCAGAUCUAUAUGUGAACUUUGUUCAGUUUUAUUCGAAAAAACGUUGCACACAUGUUGUUAGAAGAAAACUGCUCAUGUGUGUGUGCAUUCGUGUAUGUGUGUGUUACUUCACGAUUUCCCUUGUUUAGUUUUAUGUUGCUGAAUUAAGUUCCUUUUUUAAGGAGCUGUAUAUCUCGAGUGUCAUAAUUCAUUUUUCAAAGAAAAAGAUGUAAUGAAACACUUAUUCAGCUAUAAUUUAUAAAGAACAAUAUUUGUGUCUUCAUUCGCUAUAACUGAUACAUCUUUGCAAAACGGUAUAAAUCAAUGCGUUUUCUUCUCUAUAGUCCCUUAUAUCUUGAUUAUUAUUUUGUUUUAUCAUUGUUCAUUUUUGUGAAUGCAAUAAAAACGUGCGCCUAAAUUUUUGUUCAGCUGUUUUCUCCAUGUCAAAUUGACCACAUUCCUGUUUCUCCCUCUGUGUCAAUCUCUAUACAUCUCUCAUUCAAACCGUGUCGUUGGUGCUUAUCUUUGUGCACAUCUCAAACGUGAGAUAAGGAUAUAUGGAUAUAUUUUUGUUUCGUGUUCUUUCAUAUUAAAAUACAAUUAUGCAUUUCUUAACAUAUUCAUCUCUUUUUCUAUACAAAUGUCUUCCUUUUUAAACUACAAUUAACCUGAUGGGACUCUUAUCCACUCCUAUGUAUUUUCAUCGCGUAUGACAAAUUUCUUUCAGUGUCUAAAAUUGCCUCCCUAACUAAGUUUAUGCUGAAACUACUAAACACCUACGCCAAAAUUAGUUGCCAUAGCUUUGUUCAUAAGAUGGAUGUUGAGUAGGGUUUUUCGAUCUACAAUACAUUGUUAAUGAUUAGAUACAUACCUGUUAGCGUGAAAUCAGUUUAUGACAGGCAAGUAGAACCACAUAUUCAGAAUUUCCUUUAUUAGUGAACUGGAUGUCGAUGAUUCUGAUAUUCGCUAUACUAAUUUUGAUAAGGUAAAAUAAACUUGCCCAUAUUCUUUCAUGUAUCAGAAUGAAGUUCUUUAGAACAUAAAGUCAACUGUAAUUUCUUAACCCUUGCUAUAUUUACAAAUUAACGAGUUACCACUAACAAUGUAAUUACUUAAAAGGUUUACUUGAUACCGAUCUCAAUUAGUUGGUUUUUGUGCUCAAUGAUCGUUCCUAUGCCAACGAGAUUUUUCCAAUUCAUUAAGGAGAAAACCGUUUCUGUACUUGAGUAACUGAAAUGUUUCAUAGCUCGUAUACUUUCAGAACCUUUAAAGUUGGCUUACUUCACCACCAUCCGUAAGACUUUCAUCUGUUCAUAUCGUUAAAUUUGUCAAAUGUUUAGUGCUACAUCCGGUAAUAACAACCCGAGCUUUCGAAGUCUUAUCCCUAGUCUCUUACAUCUGCUUUUCAAAACUGAAAGCUAUUGAUUCAGGUGUUCAGAAAUUGAAUCAUAUUUUAUCAAUCGGGAUUCUAAAACAUCCCAUAGAUAUAUAUGUUAUGUCUGAGAUCAAUAUGUAAGCCUCGUAUGUUCUUAUUCAUUUGACUUCACCUAACUGGUUGGGGGACCAGAUCAGUUCAACCUUCAAUUAUCUGAAGACUCGAAAGAAAUUUCCUCUAAUCUCUCAGAUGUUGAUUAAAUAGCAGGAUUGAUACUUCUGACCUCGGUUGUAGGAAGUCGUUGAUUAAACGCAGUUCAAUUAAAUAGGACAGUACUUAUUUACUUACGCCUGUUACUCCUCGUGAAGGAGCAUAGGCCGCUCACCAGCAUUCGCCAUCCGACCCUGUCCUGGACAAUCCUUCCCAGUUCAUUCCAGUCGAUAUUCAUUAUUUUCAUGUCUGAUUCUAUUUCCCGACGUAAUGUGUUCUUAAGCCUUCCUCUUUUCCGCUUGCUUCAGGAUUCCAAGUUAGGCCUUGCCUCGUGAUGCAGUUUGAUGAUUUGCGUGAUGUAUGUCCUAUCCAUUUGCAUCGUCUUUUCCUAAUUUCCUCUUCAACUGGAAUGUGGUUUGUUCUCUCCCAGAGAAGGCUGUUGCUGAUGGUAUCCGGCCAAUAGAUGUUGAGUAUCUUGCGUAGAUAACUAUUUAUAAAUACUUGUACCUUUUUGAUGGUGGUUGUUGUAGUUCUCCAAGUUUCAGUUCUGUACAAUAGAACUGACUGUGUUGACGUUGGUAUUGAAGAUUGUGACUUUGAUAUUGGUUGGAAGUUGUUUUGAGUUGCAUAUGUUCUUCAAUUGUAGGAAUGCGGCCCUUUGCAAAUGUUUCCCCAUUUUCGUUUCUCUCUCCCAGUCCAUGUCGUCCCAUGAUAUCUUCAUAUCUGGUGUUGUCUAUUCCGACUUUGGCGUUUUGAUCUCCCAUUAGAAUGGUGAGGUCGUUUCUUGGGCGCCUCUCUAUGAUUGAUUGCAGCCUUUCAUAGAAUUGAUCUUUAAUGUCGUCGUUGCUAUCACUGGUGAGUGCAUAACAUUGGAUAAUAUUCAUUGUGAUCCCCUCCUUCUUUGUUUUGAAUGAUGCUUUGAUGAUUGUGGAUCCGUGAGAUUUCCAUCCUACAAGUGCACUUCGUGGUACUUUGAACAACAUUAGAGCAAGUCCCUGAGUGUGUGGAGCAUUUUGCUGUUGGUGACCGGAGUACAGCAGCAUCUCUCCCGUAUUUAGGCUUUGUUGUCCAGCUUGGUUCCAAUGGGUUUCGCUGAUUGCCAGUACUGCCAAGUUGUAUCUCGUCAUUUCCGUUGCUAUUAGACUGGUCUCCGACAUUGUCCGGACGUUCCGUGUAGCUAUAAAAAUUGUUGGUCUGGUUGUUAGAAUGGUCAUCGGCCUCGUGGCUUCUGAAGGAACUCGGCUUUCACUAUGAGGUGUCAUAUUCGUUCUAAAUGAAGACGUUCUAACUCCCAGGUCAGAGUUAAAAUGGUUUGAAUUAUUUUUCCUGUUUAGCGUUUUGUUAGCGAGUUAGUUUUUUACGGGAUAGGAUCGCUAACCACAUGCCUAACCCUCCUCCUUUACCCGGGCUUGGGACCGGCAGUAACUCUAGAAAAUUUACAGGAGGUGUUAAAUAGGACAGUAACUCUAGCUAGAAAUGAUAUGUUUACAUUUCUACUGACUGCAGAUAAGAUGAAAGAAAAGUGAUCUGUCUUCAGUUUCCUAACCUCUCAAAAGACUAGGCUUUCAAGAUAAUUUCACUCGAUGAACCUAACGAUCAGUUAGGUAGUGUCAAUCAAAUCGAAAAAUAAUGUCUCUCCGUGGAUGUAAUUUUGAGUAUCUACUGCUCAGGAUUUGUCAUUCAAGCAAGACAUCAAUUUUAGGCAUAUCGAAGAUGCUGAACUGAACAGCUUAGAAGUUAACUACGUCACUGGCGAAGCGUUUCCCAUUCGAAAAUUCAACCUCUUGAGCAUUUUCAGUGGAAGAAGUGCUUGAAAUUUAUUACUCUUCAUUUGUAGAGUAUUACUUAGGCACUGAUAUGAGCCAACACUUUUCGAUAAUUAACUAGUCCUAUGCAUCCACAAGCUUAUUCGUGUUGGUAGACUAUUCAUACAUGGUAGAUUAGUGGCGGGACUAUUAAAAAGGUGCUUUGUUUUCUCUAAACUUACAUUUUUCCAACCUAUUCAAAUGGUGAGCCUGCAGAAUUUGAUCCCUUAAUCUCCAAAAGUUCACUGAUAUCUAUAUUUUGUAGCUACGCGAUGUAACGAAACAAACAUGGACUUCCUAGUCCAUCAAUAUUUCUUUCUCUAUUGAAAGAUGUAAAUGUACGCUUUAUUUCGACCUCACUUGGCUAGUGGAGUGACACCAUAGGUCACACUCCAUUUAUCUAGUUAUUCCUGUUGCAUUUCGUAAACUUGAGUUUGUUCAAAUCGCAUCAAAUAAAAGAUCAAAAAUCCCAUUUUCUUUCUAAGGUUGUUUAGCUGAAUGUUGUUUCAAAAACUCAGUUAAUGAACUACUAAUUAGUAUACUUAUAUAAUGAGCUAAUCGAGGGUGAUCGGUAAAAUGAUUGAUUCAGUGAACGGUCCCAAAAUGUGAUGGAAGAAGUGAUAUAAUUGUUGUCGGAGUUACAUGGUCUUCUAGUAUUAUGCGACAAACGGAUAACCAUGGGUAUAGUAAGAACUUCAUUACUGGAAUGGAUUAAGUGGUUGAACUGAUAAUUUGUUGACAACCGCUUUUUAAAUCCCAACUGGAUAGAUCUUGGAUGGCAUAACCGGCUACUAAACGAGUAUAUGGAUAUACAUAUAUUUUGAGAAUCAAAGGUAUUAUUUUUAUAUACAAUAUUAUGGCUGUGUAUCACUCAUCAACUAACGUAUGAAUAUUCAAGAAUAAUGUAAGUGACAUAACAUUCA